AUGGCUAAUGUUUCUAAAAAAUCUAAAAGAAAAUGCAUGUUUAUGGAUAUUCCUUGUGAAGUAUUUAUUAACAUUUGCAAAUUUGUGCCUCCUAUUGACCUUGUGACGCUUACUACUGUGUGCAAGAAAUUUCGCUGGUGGUUACUCGCACCCUCCAAUUUUGGAACAGAACAGAUCUGGAGUACAUCUAGAAAACUUUUCUUACCAAAUUUAAAAUCACCACCACGGGGAAUUUCAGAACAAUGUUAUAUUUCUCUUUAUUUGAUUGAGUUAGGCUGUCAGUUCUGCGAAGCUGGAAAAAUUGAACCACACGGAAAACUGCCCACAGAAACUCCGGCGAAAAUUUACUGGGUUUUUAGAGUCCGCUGUUGUAAACAACAAGCUGAUCGACCGCGUGUCUAUUGGAAAUCAGCCGUUGAAGCUGCGAAUCGAGAGUUUGUCAAUCUCAAUGAAGAAGAAGUCUCUAAUUGGAUCGUGAAAAAAAAAAAAGAAUUAGAACAUCACAAUAAGAUUGCAGAAUCAUGUAAAAUACCACCUACAUAUUCGAACAAUAAGGCUCGACUAACAUCUGUGAUUUGUCAUUUAUCAUCGAUAGUACCGAAUGAUGCCAGACGUAGUGAUCCAGAAGUGAAAGUAGAACUUCGCCGAUGUCCCACAUUUAAGAAGUAUGUUCACCCUUCCACAACGCAACUUUUUACGGAACAUCACUGGGCCAAUUUCCAAAAUAUUAUAUACAAUGAAUACAAUGAUAGGCGUAAUUAUGCUGCCUUAAGAGCGCAGCAGUAUGACAUUUUCUUAAAAGGUUAUUCAUUUAUGGAAACAUAUAUCGAAACCAAAUUCAUUCCACGACUUGCAUUGGAAGCAAAUGAUAUUGCAAGUAAACCUGAACGGCCAUGCCCAAUAACAACUGUGGCUGGAGUCCAAAAAUUAGGGCUGUCCAACAGAUGUAUUUUUCGAUGUAAAUUAUGUGUUGGGGCAAAUUGGAAUGUAUUACUAAAUUAUAAAGAAGUCCAAUAUGAUUAUUGUCGAUUAUUUGGAAACGGGGAAAAACCAUUUGAAACGUAA